AUGGUAUAUAUAUUAUUCGUUGAAAUUUUAUCACUUCUAGCACUUUCUCAAGCAGUCUUCGUUUCGAAUUUAGACGCCGCCUGUUUGAAGUGUAUUUGCACGGCCUCGACGGGAUGUGAUAAAAAUUACGAAUGUUCUCCACAAGGUUUUUGCGGUCCCUUCUUCAUAUCCCGAAAAUAUUGGGAAGAAGCCGACAGAGUCACUUUAAAUUCCGAUCCUCGAUAUAGAGAAGAUGGACACGAAACAUGUGCCAAAAAUUACAAUUGUGCAACGAAAAUAGUUUCCAACUACAUGGCUAAAAACGGCCGAGAUUGUAACAACGAUGGCAUAACGGAUUGCGAUGAUUUUGCUAAAAUACAUUUUUACGGGGAAGCAAGAUGCGAAAAUGCAAUCGAAAGAACUUCCUACCACGACAGAUAUAUUGGUUGCAUGCCACCGAAAAUGGAAGAUAAAUUUCAAAAGAAAUAA